UGGCCGCGCGCUGACCGGCUGGGGCGGGACCUGCUUCUGGCCCUAUCUAGCGCCGCCCCAGGCGAGGGCGCCGCACCCACACAGCGCUGCGCAGUUUUGUUCUGCACCAGCCGGUCGAAGGUGAUCCAGACACAAGAUGGCUGUCCUCUCUAAGGAAUAUGGUUUUGUGCUUCUAACUGGUGCCGCCAGCUUUAUAAUGGUGGCCCACCUAGCCAUCAAUGUUUCCAAGGCCCGCAAGAAGUACAAAGUGGAGUAUCCUACCAUGUACAGCACGGACCCUGAAAAUGGGCACCUCUUCAACUGCAUUCAGCGAGCCCACCAGAACACGUUGGAAGUGUAUCCUCCCUUCUUAUUUUUUCUAGCUGUUGGAGGUGUUUACCACCCGCGUAUAGCUUCUGGCCUGGGCUUGGCCUGGAUUGUUGGACGAGUUCUUUAUGCUUAUGGCUAUUACACAGGAGAACCCAGCAAGCGUAGUCGAGGAGCCCUGGGGUCCAUCGCCCUCCUGGGCUUGGUGGGCACAACCGUGUGCUCUGCUUUCCAGCAUCUUGGUUGGGUUAAAAGUGGCUUGGGCAGUGGAUCCAAACGCUGCCAUUAAAGAAUUUUAGGGGUUUAAAAACUCUCAUUCAUUUUAAAUGACUUACCUUUAUUUCCAGUUACAUUUUUUUUUCUAAAUAUAAUAAAAACUUACCUGGCAUCAGCCUCAUACCUAAAA